UUACAGGGAUAAUAUAAACCUGAAGUACUUUCUGCACUCUGCAAUAUCUCAACACUAUUUUAUUCUACUGCAAAUUCUACUUUCACACCUCCCACCUCUUCCCAUACUCUGCCACUUUCACUUUUACACCUCCCCAUUACUCCUGCAGCCUCUAUUUUUCUGCACUUUCUUUCUUCCUUCCAUUACUCCUUGUCUUCUCUCUCAAAACAUUCAUGGAUGAAGACAUACUGAAAAAUUUGGGAAAUGUUGAAAGCAACAUGGACAUGAUGACAAUGAUGAUGCAAAUGGAAAAAUUCUCUGAUUCAUAUGAACCUUUUUAUAGCAACACUCUCAAUCUCAAUCUCACCAACAAUGAUUUCCCUUAUGGAAACUCAAAUGUAACUUCAUCACUCACACCUUCAUUGAUCAAUCCACCAUUGUCUUAUCCUCUUCAACAACCAAUGACACCACCGUUGCUUCAACCCAACAGAGUUCAAACUCAAAUCCCAUCAGGGAGAAACAACAAUUCUUCACUCUCCUAUCCGGAGAAGAAGAAUUCAAUGUCAGCAAUGAGAGAAAUGAUAUUCCGUAUGGCGGUUAUGCAACCGAUUAACAUAGACCCAGAAACCAUAAAACCACCAAAGAGAAAGAAUGUGAAGAUUUCAAAGGAUCCACAAAGUGUAGCAGCAAGACAUAGAAGAGAAAGAAUUAGUGAAAGAAUAAGGAUAUUACAAAGAUUAGUACCUGGUGGAACAAAAAUGGACACUGCUUCUAUGUUAGAUGAAGCAAUACAUUAUGUGAAGUUUUUGAAGAAACAAGUUCAAACGUUGGAACAAGUUGGGGCAAAUAGACCUUUGAAUGUUGUUGGGUUUCCAGGAGUGGUUUCUAAUGCUAAUUUUAGUUAUUCUUCUUUGAUUAGAGGUUGUUCCCAACCUUGUCAAAUGGUGGGUCCCACUUCCAAACAAAUGCUUAGUUGACACUUGACAAGAGAUUGAGAGAAAUUUAAAGGAAAAUGUUACAUAGAUAUCCUUUAUUCCUAUACACACUUGUACAUCCCAUACAUUAGUGAGAGAGAAGAGGAGAUGAAAGAGAAAGUGUGCUUCUGUGAGGUCCAUGUGACCAUGUGUUAGAUUUU